CUUUAUUUUAAGGACCUUUUGCUCUCGUACGUGAGUGCUUUUGUCCGUUGUCUUCUUGAAUGUUUUGCAAUGUGAUGAUGGUAACGGAAUGACCCCAGACUGAUUUAAAAUGCCCUUUGAAAAUAUUCGCUGGUUUCAUGUUUUCUUCGUUGUAUUUCUUGCCUCGAAUGUGGACACAUUAACGGCCGCAAGAGAGUUACUCAAGAAUAACAUUAGUGAACCUCAAGCUAUCUGCAAUGACAAUUCUAGAGCCACGUUUUAUAUCGGAGCAAAGACAUCGAAGAAAUGGAUUGUGUUCUUCGAAAGUGGCGGAUUUUGUUCCUCGUUCGCAGACUGCAACAGACGUUACUUGAGUAAAAAUUCAACGAUCUUGAUGACUUCGAACAAGCUGCCUGAUAGAAUUACUGGACGAGAUCUACUCUCUGCGUCUGGCAGCGAAAACCCAGCUUUCUUUCGAUACAAUCACGUUCUCGUUCCAUACUGCAGCAGUGAUCUUUGGCUUGGCUUGAAAACUAAUCCCAACAAACCGUUCCGUUUUGUGAACGAUUCGUCCGUCGAUAACUUCAGUUUUAGAGGACAGACGAUUUUUCGUUCGGUUUUCAUGGAUCUGCUACAGCUUCAUAACUUGACAGACGCCGAGGAGAUCAUUCUUGCGGGAAGUAGCGCAGGGGGAAUUGGUAUUCUGAAUCACGCGGAUUGGGUCUUGAAGUACGUAGUGGAAACACAUCGUUUAAACGCCAGCCUUUUGUCUUUAAUCGACUCAGCCUGGUUUAUCGACUUUCAGGGUAGUCUCCAGGGCAGAGUGAAUCCCAAGUUCACAUCAUUCGCAAAUAUUUCGUCGCCUGCUUGUUUAGAUUAUUCGCGUGGUCACACUUGUUGCCCAUCAGCACCAUGCAUGAUUGCGCGCGGGUAUUAUCCCGCAAGAGUCCCGUUACUUUUGAUCUCAAGCAUGUAUGAUAUUUACAUGUUUGGUGAAGUUGUUAACACACUAGAAGCCGAAGGAAAAACGGCAAAUGAGCACUCUGCAGAUUUCAUAUCUGCUAUAAACAUGUACGGCGGUGCGAUGAAUGAAUCUUUAUCGUCAUCAGAAGAACAGUCAUUGAAUGUGAGCUUCUUUACACCAGCAUGUUUUCAACACAUUUAUUUUGCCACCUCAAGUUUGUGGGACGAGAAUGGGAUCUUUUCUCCUUCAAUGGAAGUUGUAGUUGGAAAUGCAAAAUUUAGGAACGAAGUGCGAAGAAAAACUUGGGAGACAACAAAAAUAUCGAAGACCAGCAUGAAAGAUUUUGUAUCGACAUGGGUGAGAUCACGUAACGCUUCCAUAAAACUAAUUGACAGCUGUAUCGGUGCUCAGUGCAACCCUACGUGUCCCCAGCAGUUGUUUUUUAUAGAUCCUGCGGUGAACUGGGUCGAGGUGGUCAAGAUUGUCAUAAUCAUUCUGUCCCUGUCCAUCACAGUCACGUGCUUUGGUUUGAAGGCCGUAUUCAUGCUGUAUCAGUAUCACCUGUCAAGAAAACAAAGGCAGUACUUGACUGAUACUGAAACUAAAAAAGUACAAAAAGAGUUACCUCCGGCACAACCUAGCGAAAUAAUCAGCAUCGCCUGUUUAGCACUCAGCUACUCAGUCGACGUAAACAAGAAGAAAAUGAAAAACGACAGAGACAAGCUGGCUCCUGAGACUAAAGUAGUUCAAACAGAUCAACUAGAAGGCACAUCUUCCUUGAUGAUGAGAAAAGAUUUAGAUGAUGUGUUCGAAGAGGAGGAAUCAACAAGCCUUUCCAGUGAAUCAACUGGAGAAGUCGACUCUUUCCCAAACGAUAACUUGGGUUUUGAGAGAUCAAUGUCUCUAACGCCUGGGCGAACAGAUUUUACCAAAAUGAAGUUACAUUCUACUCAGAAUGGUCAUUCUUAUAGUCACGACAAUCCAAGAGUGAAGGUAAAAGAGGCGAAGACCAGAAAUGGACAAAACCAAAAACAAAUUCUAAAGAAUGUCUCUGUUUACUUUAAUCCUGGAGAGUUGGUAGCCAUCUUGGGUCCCUCGGGAUCUGGAAAGACAACUCUACUAGAUUUGCUGACAGGAAGGCGAGAAACAGGCAACAGCCAGGGUGCGGUGUUUAUAAAUGGAGUUCCUAGAAGUCUUGGUAAUGUGCACAAAUGGUUCGCUCGCAAGAUUGGUUACGUGUUACAACUGGCUGUGCCUUACUAUGAAGAACUCACUGUGCGGCAGAAUCUCUUUUUCGCUGCUCACAUGCGGCUGCCUAAAUCAAUGAGCAAUGCACAGAAGUUUGAACGCGUUGAACAGAUACUUGCAGAGAUCGGUCUUACGUCUCUGGCUGAUACAGUUGUUGGUGGGUCUGUGGGUCAAGGUCUCAGUGGAGGACAGAAACGUCGAUUGUGUGUCGCUCUUCAGAUGAUAAAUCUGCCAUCUGUGCUUUUCCUUGACGAACCAACUUCGGGUCUGGACGCAUCAUCUUCCCUGGAGCUGUUGAAUCUUCUCAAUGUUGUUGCUGAGACAGGCAGACUAGUGAUUCUCACUAUACAUCAGCCGAGGGUGGAAAUCUUCCAUCUUUUCCACAAGAUUAUCCUUAUGUAUGAUGGUCAGGUGGCGUAUUACGGCGAGCCUACACCAGCCCCGACUCUCUUUCUUAAAGCCUAUCUGCAGUCAACAACUGAAGAAUUUCGACUCAGUGAAGAAGCGCCAAAAAUUGAUGCCAAAAACCCUGCAGACACAAUUAUGGAUAUAAUGAACUGCAGUGAGGCUCGCCGAGCCAUCCUGGAUUAUUACCAAAGAAGUGGUGAGCCACAGGCAGUCCAGGAAGCUAUCAAAAAGGCACAGGAAGACGCAAGAAACAUUUUUACUAUGCAAAACAUGAACUCCGACGAAGAGGAGACAAACGAUGCAGGAACAUUUAACAGAAUAUUUGUGUUGGAAGGCCGAACUUCCCUGAGUCAAACACUUGCACAAAUUUGCUAUUUUCCUCUGAUAUUCUUCUUGUUUGGAUUAGUAGUAGGAACAAUUUACUUUCGGGCGCAGGACAAAGAUGGGAUUUUGCUGAUGUCAGCAUUUUGCGUCUAUUGCUGCUGCAGCCCCUUGUUUCUCAGCUCAGUUCUAAUGGCGCAUCUAAACAAAGCUCUAAAUAUAUAUCACCUUGAACGUGCUGAUGGGUGCGGUCGGUCAUAUGAGAAUGUGAUUCAGACAUACGUGCGCAUUGCUGCUCUGUGUGUGAUUCCAAUUCUAGUCCGUUCGGCGAUGUCUUAUUUAUUGGUCAUGACGUCGCAUGAUUUGAAGACAUUUUUCUUGUUAAUAAUCAUCUCAUUGGUUUUAAACCAAACCUGGAUUGCAGUCUACAUGAUGGUGAUUUGUGCACAUCCGGGAUUCGCUAGUCGCAUUUGUCCGAUGGUAUCCGCCAUCGGAGGCUUCGCGGGGGGCUUUUUAGUACCCAGACCUCAAAUGCCGGCUGGGUACAACCUACUAUUCUACAUCAACCCACAAUUCUACGGUUAUUCUGCUAUCACCAAAGCCUUAUUACAAAACCUCCGCCUAAAAUGUGUUUACGAGUCCAAAUUGAAUUGUAUCAGUACUGAAGGCAAUGCUGUUUUGGCCGGAUUUGGGUUCGACACGGUCAAUAUUUAUGAAAAUUUGGCGAUAAUGCUUGGGAUGACAGUAAUAUCAUUAAUUUUCUCCUGGCUAUUUCUGGAAAUAAAGAACAUGAAGAUGAAAUUCUCCAAAACGUCAUCAAAAAUAUCAAGGUCACAAAUGGAUAAAAUACUAAAUGAAUCAAUCGAGCUUCUAAAUGAGGCAGGCCACACAGCUAACCCCACUCGCCGGAGGUCCACGUUAGGCAUUGUUACCCAUGACGACGGACUGCACACCGUGAAGCUUCCGGACAGUCCCAUUUCUCGCGAGUGCCAGCCAGAUCCAGAUGUUGUUUCUUUGAUGCCACAAACGAGUCCUGUCAUGUCUCGAGAGAGUCGGUGGGCGAUUGCUCGUAGGCGUAUGGCGGAGAGAAGGUUAAGCACCCAUCUUGAGAUGCAGAACGUUCAGAGAAUCGCCAGACAUUCCGCAGUUAUGCAAUCAAAACAAGUUCAGUCUCAAAUGACAAGGACGCCAAAGAAAACUAUACCUCUGCCACCGAGAAGUAGACACAACAGUGACCCUGGAGCAAACGGACAAAAACCAGAACCAAAAAAGAAACGUCACCAGUCAUACCAUGAAACCAACGAUCACAACCCUAUGAAUCUUGAACUGAAAAUGACAACUUGGCAAUCCGCGCCACGAUCAAGGAGUGUCUCUUUUCCUGUGGUUGAAGAGGGAGAUCAAGAAAUGACGAGUCGUAGCUCGUCAUUGAAAAGUAUCCGUGAACAUGAUGACGCGUUUGGCUCUGUGGACGAAGAAGAGGAUACCGCGAAUAUCGUUGUUGACACCAAGUUAUAAAUAUAGGGAAAACCCAAAAGAGCAAUAGACAUUUUUUCCUUCAUUUCGUAAUUAAUAGUAGAAAAGUCACAUUCAAAGACAAGUGCUAAGUAAGUAGGCUUUAAUAUCAGUUGACUUCUCUGAUGUCACAACGUCUUUAUAAAUACUGAUUUAUUUAUCAUGCACAAUCUUCACAGUUAACUGCACAUUAUUCCAAAAUACAAAAUAAAAAAUGCAAAAAUUUAAAUCUGGUUCUCCUGCUUUACAUCUGCAUGUGUC